AUGGCCUUCGAUAAAUCCCUUCUAAAACCUUGCCCCGUGCUUACUCCUGAUGAAGGACAAUUUCAGGAUCCUAUUCAGUAUUUGUCAAGUCCAGAAGUGAAAGCUCUCGGCGAAAAAUAUGGCUUACUUAAAAUUGUGCCUCCUCAGGGCUGGAGACCUCCGUUUUCCCUAUCGCCAAAUUUCACCUUCCAUACACGUAUCCAAAAGCUUAGCGAUUUGGGAAUCACCACUAGAAGUAGGAAAUUUUUCACCGAUAACAUAAACAGGUUCUAUAAGAUGUCAAGGCGCCCGGAGGUGAAGCAGUGGUUCAGAGCGGGCGAUAAGAAAGUUUACUACUACGAUCUUUACUUGGCCAUGCGGAAUCGAUUUGGCGAUAGUCCUGAUAUCGAUAAUAUUUCUGGCUACGAACUUGCAAAGCUAAACCUUGCCUUUGGUGUUUCGUCGCAAUCAAGGCUUCUACUUGAUGAAUGGGCUCAUAAGAUCAAAUUCUACGCAGCAUACCUCUCGAACAAUCUGGACAGCUAUGAUUUCCCCGAAAGUGAUCCAGAAGACGAGGGCGGCGCAUGUUUGAUUUGUCGUAAGAACCAUUCUCCCACACUGACGUUGUUGUGUGAUCAUUGCAACAACCCGUAUCAUAUGAGAUGUCUCCAGCCUCCCUUAGAAGAAAUCCCAGAAGGCGCGUGGUAUUGUAACAGGUGCCUUGUCGGCAACGGAGCCUAUGGCUUUGAAGAAAGGCCCGAAAUCAGAUACAGCAUUUGGGAUUUCGUUGAGCAGUGUAAGCAGUUCGAAAGCGAAUUCAUUUCCCAAUAUCUGAAAGAUGGCAAGCCGUUGACUCUAGAUGACAUCGAGCGUAUUUUCUGGAGUUUGGUGGAGACGGAAAACUCCGACAUCAAAGUGAAGUAUGGAGCUGAUAUUCACAACCUCAAGCCUGGCGAAAUAAGUGGCUUUCCCACAACAGAUGUACCACGGUCUCCUUAUGACCCUCAAGCAGAUUCCUCAAGAUAUAUAAAUCAUCCAUGGAAUCUCACUAAGCUACCUUUUGCCAAGGGCUCGUUGCUCAACUACAUCAACUCCAGUAUCUCAGGAAUGACAGUCCCUUGGAUAUAUGUUGGUUCUCUUCUUUCAACCUUUUGCUGGCAUGUUGAGGAUCACUACACGCUCUCAGCUAAUUACUGUCAUUUUGGAAAUGUAAAGAAAUGGUAUGGAUUUCCUAGCAGUCAUGCAGAUGCUUUUGAGCAAAUCAUGAGGAAAUCUGCACCUGAUCUUUUUCAAAGACAACCAGAUUUGCUCCACCAAUUAGUUACCUUGAUCUCUCCAAGCGAACUAGCGGAAAAAGGCAUACCCUGUGUUUACGCUGAUCAGGGCCCGAAUGAAUUUGUUGUGACAUUUCCCAGAGUAUAUCAUGCUGGUUUCAAUAGUGGUUUCAAUUUCAAUGAGGCCGUAAACUUUACAAUGGAUUCUUGGAUUGAAUUGGGUCAGAAAUCUAUUCAGGACUACAGGUCGAUCAAGAAAGAGAACGUGUUUGAUCAUUGUCAAUUGGUAGAGAACAUCUUGCACAAGUUCAUCAAGGGUGAUCCAGAAGUCACAAAGGAUCGUAUCAAGCUCGUAGAGCUGAGCAUUCGAUACUACGAGAAGAUUCUUCUGAGAAACAUGAAAAUCGUUGAGGAUCUCGACAGGGAAAGGUUCGACUACGCUUCACCUCAACAAAAUACCCAGUAUGCCACUCCGCGCACACCUGGUCAGGAAAAGAAGUCUAGUCGAAUAGCAAACGUUGAUGACGACGACGAUGUUUUGUGUGAUGUUUGUCGCACGUACGUCUCUUUCCAAUACUGCAAUAUCAACAAUCAAGCACAUCGCUUUGGGAAGUGGUAUGGCGGUAGAAGAAAGAAGGAUAGUACUGGCAUGGAUGUCAAAAAUCUACUCACACCAGAGUCGUCUCCCAACAAGCCUGCUCUCGUGGAAGGUGUAGAGAAAGCCGACUUUGUUGCCUCCACAUACGCCGCAGGCAAGCUUGGAGAAUUACAAGAAAGGGCCACGACAAACGAUGAGUUCGAUGAGCUAAUCAGAAAUGCAAAGAGGAAGGCUAGAGAAGAAGAGCAGGCUGCGUCAAACGGAAACAAGAGAAGAAGGCAUUCAUCAAGAAUCCAACAGAAGAGUCAACUGCCUGAGCUGUACAAAGAGCCAAGCGAAACACCAGAGCCACAAAGCGAAACGUCAACAUCAAUUGAGAGUAAAUCAAAUAUGAGCCAAAUGAAAAAAGUGCAGCACAACUCGCUUUUUCGCCAACUCAAUCGCCUUGAUAAUGUCAAGCUCUGUCUCGAGUGUUGCGUGCAAGUUUGUGGAGAGCAUGGGAAGAAAGCACCUCGAGGCUCGUUUGUAAUAUUCGAGAAAUCCUUUGAAGAUAUGGAGAAGACGUUGGUGGCGGCGAAGCAGAGAUAUUAUCAAGUGAAAGUUGAGGAUAAUAACGUCGCCAAUGUCAAUGCAGUGGAGUCAACAGUCAAGACAGAAGUGGUAUAA